CUUGUCAAGUUAUUGUGGCCCCAAGUAGGGCCGUGCGGCUUUGACUUGUGGUCGGCGAGGGCCUGGGGCACAGCGACCCGCCGAGCGCCCUACGCUAUGCUCUCUAUUCCCGCCUGGGCUCCUUCCCAGGCUUUCGCAUAAUUCCUGAGGGUAUUCUCCACCCUAAGUGGAAUUACUGGUCAAAGGACAUUCUGAAUUGGGAGAGGUGGCCCCAGAAAUAAAACCAUCAGAGAGACGUACAGCUGUGGCAAUUGCAGAUUUGGAAUGGAGAGAAAUGGAAGGAGAUGACUGCGGGUUCCAUUAUGGAGAUGGUACGAAUGAGGCUCAGGACAAUGACUUCCCGACAGUGGAGAGAAGCAGGCUUCAGGAAAUGCUAUCCCUGUUGGGACUGGAGACAUACCAGAUGCAGAAGCUCAGCCUCCAGGACUCUCUGCAGAUCAGUUUUGACAGUAUGAAAAACUGGGCUCCUCAGGUUCCCAAGGACCUGCCCUGGCAUUUCCUCAGAAAACUGCAGGCCCUCAAUGCUGAAGCCAGGAAUACCACCAUGGUGCUGGAUAUGCCUCCAGAUGCCCGGCCUGCAGAGAAGGAAAACCAGAUGGAGGAGAUGAUCUAUUGGGAUCCAGCCGAGGAUAUCGCUGCUGAUGACAUCUACUCUUUCUCUGAGUUGCCAACACCCGACACACCAGUGAACCCCCUGGACCUUCUCUGUGCCCUGCUGCUGUCCUCAGACAGCUUUCUGCAGCAGGAGAUUGUACUCAAGAUGUCCCUCUGCCAGUUUGCACUCCCACUUGUGUUGCCUGACUCGGAAAACCACUAUCACACCUUUCUGCUGUGGGCCCUACGGGCUGUUGUACGGACGUGGUGGUCCCAGCCCCCUCGGGGCCUGGGCAGCCUAAGAGAGGACAGUGUGGUCCUAUCCAGGGCACCUACCUUUUCCUUCGUGCGCAUGGAUGUCAGCAGCAACUCUAAGUCCCAGCUGCUCAAUGCCAUCCUCAGCCCGGGCCGUAGGCAAUGGGACUGCUUCUGGCAUCGGGAUCUCAACUUGGGCACUAAUCCCCGGGAGAUUGCAGAUGGGUUAGUAGAAAUUUCUUGGUUUUUCCCCAGCGGCAGGGAUGACCUGGAUGUCUUCCCAGAGCCUGUGGCCUUUCUGAACCUGCGAGGUGACAUUGGGUCUCAUUGGCUGCAGUUUAAACUUUUGACAGAAAUCUCCUCGGCUGUGUUUAUUCUGACAGACAACAUCAGUAAGAAGGAAUACAAACUAUUAUACUCUAUGAAGGAGUCAACCACAAAAUACUACUUCAUUCUGAGUCCCUACCGGGGGAAACGGAACACAAACCUCCGAUUCCUGAACAAGCUGAUCCCUGUGCUGAAGAUAGACCACUCACAUGUCCUGGUGAAGGUCAGUAGCACUGACAGCGAGAGCUUUGUGAGGAGGAUCAGAGGGAUUGUGGGUAGUGUGGUACGGUCCCCCUGCAGGAGGGUGUCUGUGGAAGACAUGGCUCAUGCAGCCCGGAAGUUGGGCCUCAGAAUUGAUGAGGACUGUGAGGAGUGUCAGAAGGCAAAGGACCGAAUGGAGAGAAUCACCAGAAAGAUCAAGGACAUAGAUGCCUACAGGAGGGAUGAGCUUAGGCUGCAGGGAGACCCUGGAAGGAAAGCAGCCCAAGUGGAGAGGGAGUUCUGCCAGCUGCAAUGGGCCCCAGACCCACCUGAGAAGCACCGGGCUGAGCUGAGGCGUCGGUUUCUGGAGCUCCGGAUGCAGCAGAAUGGCCAGGAGCCUACCUCAGGGGUACAAGAGUUCAUUGCUGGGAUCAGCAGCCCCUCUCCGGGUGAGAGACAAUACUUCCUGAGGUGGAUGGAGUGGGGGCUGGCUCGGGUGGGCCAGCCACGGCUGAGACAGCCCCCAGAGACCCUUCUCACUCUGAGACCAAAACUCAGUGGGGCCUCAGACUUGAGUGAAUCACUCUGGCCUGAGCCUCUUGGGGUAGAGCAUUUCCUGCGUGAGAUGGGGCAAUUCUAUGAGGCAGAGAGUUGCCUGGUGGAGGCAGGGAGGCUGCCAGCUGGCCAGAGGCGCUUUGCCCACUUCCCAGGCCUGGCUGUAGAGCUGCUGCUGCUGGGGCUGCCCCUGGAAUUGGUGGAUGGGGGAACCCUGAGCAUCCCUGUUCGUUGGGUCACAGGGCUCCUCAAGGAGCUGCACAUCCGCCUGGACAGGAGGUCUCGGCUGGUAGUUCUAUCUGCCCUGGGGAUACCAGGCACAGGGAAAUCCAUGCUUCUCAACACCAUGUUUGGCCUGCGAUUUGCUACCGGGAGGAUCUGCAGUCCCCGGGGGGCCUUCAUGCAGCUCAUUACAGUGGCUGAGGGCUUCAGCCAGGACCUGGGCUGUGACCACAUCCUUGUGAUAGACUCUGGGGGGCUGAUCAGUGGGGCUUUGACCUCAGCUGGGGACAGGUUUGAGCUGGAGGCUUCACUGGCCACUCUGCUAAUGGGGUUGAGUAAUGUUACUGUGGUCAGUUUAGCUGAAACGAGGGACAUUCCACCAGCUAUUCUGCAUGCAUUUCUGAGGUUGGAAAAAACAGGACACAUGCCCAACUAUCAGUUUGUGUACCAGAACUUUCAUGACAUGCCUGCCCCCAGCCCCAAGCCAAGAGAGAGGAGACAGCUCUUGGAACCACCCAGUGAUCUGAACAGAGCUGCUGCCCAGAUGGAGAAGCAAGGUGGUGGCUUCCGGACACUGGCGGGCCUAGCCUUCUGCGACCCUGAGAGGCAGCAUGUCUGGCAUGUCCCAGGACUGUGGCAUGGAGCACCACCCAUGGCUGCUGUGAGCCUGGGGUAUAGUGAGGCCAUUUUUGAAUUGAAGAGAUGCCUGCUAGAAAACAUCAGAAAUGGCCUGUCCAACCAAAACAAAAACAUCCAGCAGCUCAUUGAGCUGGUGCGGCGUCUGUGAGUGUUCAGGUGUUGGGGCUGCUAUGGUGGCCUAUUCUGAUGGGGUCUAGCAGGCUGUGCCCAGGCACCUGAGAGGCGGCUGGUGCCUACUGCACAUGAGAAGGAAGACCAGUAAAAGACAGGGGUAGGGGUCUCCUAACAGUGUUAAGAAAAGAGAUAACCUCACUGACCAGCUCAGAGAUGUCACUGGGGAAAUUAGAGGCCCUGGGUGGGGUGACACAAGCAGUAAUUUGAUCUUUCCUGAAUCCUGUCAAGGUUCCUAAGGGUUGGCCCUAUGGACAGCUACUCCUUCAUUGGCCCCUGGAGUUCGGAACAGCUUCCUCAGUCACUGUAGGCCCCAGCAGGGAGGGAUAUCCAGUUGAGGUUAGGAGUUGUCCUGAGGAAGCAUAGGGGAGGUCUUGCUUCCACAAAACCUAAGGGUUGUGGACCAGCAUUUGAGGUUUUGGUGAUGUGAUCCUGCCCAUGUGUGCAAGACACUGCCAUAGAACCAGGUAUAUGGACUGAUCUGUGAAGCCUUCCCUGACCCUUGCCCCCAGGAUGCGUUCAUCAGAAACCCUGUUGUGUCCCAGCACUUUGUCAUACCUCUGCCUCAACAUUUCAUGGCGUAUUGUCACUCAUGUGUUUACUGUCUGCCCCCAGACUGUGAGCUCCUUGAGGGCAGGGACAGAACAUCCAGCUCUGUAUCCCCAGGGUCUGGCACACUGUAGGCACUUAAUAAAUGUUUGUCGAAUGAAUGAAUGCUCACCUGAUAGUAGUGCCCAGGUUCUGCCUCUCUGUGCCUUCACUGUUCUGUGUGCUCAGAGAGGAUACAACAGCUGCCUAAGGAGAGCUCUGGAGAACUACAUGACAAAUGUGAAAUUGUUCCCUUUCUUUAAGCAAAGAGCAAUUCUGGCUGUUAACUGAGAAAGGAAUUAAGUGCUUUCACAAGCACUUAGGUAAUUCCAUCUUUGCCCCAAUUUAUAGGUGAUGGAGGAAGCCCCAGACUGCACACCUACAUGGCAGAACACAGAGGAACCAGUGGUGUACUCAUCCAUUGGCUCUUCCUAACCUCCACAAUAUCUAAGGAUCCCUGAGCCACCAGAGCAAGCCAGCCUGACCCUUCUGGUGUCCUCUCCACAUCUUUCCCUGGCCCACUUAGCCACCAUUUAGGCCUGAUACUUGACCAGAGACCUUGGACUCCUGCCCUGUUGAUCCUCCAGCUGGAAACCUACCCUGUUUCUUGUCCUUUUACCAGACACAGCAAAGGUGCCCUCAGCUCCAGGGCUUCUGGUCUGGAACCCUUUCUUGAAUGGAGGUUCCCUGAUCCUUCUUCUGUCUGCCUUGCUUGCUGGGGGGACCCAGUAUGCUCCAUCUGCUGAUCUCUUCACUUUCAAAUUAUUGUCACUGUGAUAUGGGAGCAGUUUCUAGUUAUAUGUAGUAGGUAGCAGUUUAGGAAAAACUUUCCCUUCUGAAACACAUAAGUUGGGCAUGGUGGUGUAAUCCCAGCUACUGGAAAGGCUGAGGCAGGAGGAUUGAAAGUUCCAUAGUGAAGCUGCAACUUAGACCCUGUCUCAAAAAAGCCUAGGGUUGUAGCUCAGUGAAAGAGUGUUUGCAUUCAGCGUGUGAGGCCCUGGGUUCAAUCCUCAGUACUGGGGGUGGAAAUGGGGAGAAGAAUGCUAGCUGAGUUGGAAAUACCAAGGCCUUUCCUUUUUUUCCACCAGAGCCAUAGAAGCUGCCCAGGGGCUUCUCCAACACAGUAGGAAUUUCAUCCAGGAUAAUCCUGGGCCUCAAGUUAAAACACUGGAAACUCCUUUAAGAAUUGCUGAAUAUCAGCCAGUUCCCUUAAAAAAUUGAGCUGGUUAGACUGGGGAUAUAGCUCAGUUGGUAGAGUGCUUGUCUCACAUUCACAAGGAUCUGAGUUCAAUCCCUAGCACCAUUAAAAGAGAGAGAGAGAGAGGGGUAUAUGUGCUAAGGAGGUAGUUCAGUGAUAAAACAUUUACCUGGCAUGAGUAAGGCCCUAGAUUCAAUCCCCAGCACUGGGUUAAAAGAAAAAAAAUUGAUUCAAGCUGUUCCUAAAAUCCAUGACAAGGAAGUCAGCCCUAGUGGCUUCUAACAAAUCAAGGAUUCUUUAUAUAGGAUCUACCCAUUGUCCAAAGAUAAAUUCAAUCUAAAUGCCUGAGGCUUAAGUGUAUGCAGCUCAUGCUUUCAUCAGCCUUUCAAAGAGAUGCAGGAUUUAAAGGAAAUUAUUACUAACCACUUAAUAAUCGGGGAAGUUAUUCUAUACAUCCCCUAUAAAACAAUUGUACAAAAUAUUUAAAAUUUUGAAAAAAGACCAGUCUGCAGAUUGGGAGCAAGAGAGUCUGCCAGGGGUAGCCUUGGUCAGAACCACUUUGGAGGAAUUCUGAAACUACUUGUGUCAAGUGAGAGAUCAUUGCUACUCUGAGAUGCAGGAACAGAAGAGGUCACCCUGGAGCUCUGACUUUUUUCAGGAAGUCACAUGUUCUUGCCCUUUUGGUGGGUUGAUGUCUCAAGCCCAUGACUAUGAAAAAGGGAUUGACCUUCAGACCCUCAAGUCAGGGUUGCUCCUAGGAUUCAAACUUACAUAAUCCCCAAAACUAGUUUGGUAGCUCUAGAGCUACAAACACAAAGUGUCAGUCUGCCCUUCUCAUUUCUGGAUGUUUACCACAGCCAGAGGCCAAUCUGCAUCACACCUCAAGAAACACCUUUAGGAUUUGAGAGGCCUAGAGCUUGCAAAGAGGCUACUGGGGAGGUCAUGUCUUAUAGCCAAACUUUGCAAUGGGAGAAUCACUCAGGGGAAGCAUGGGCAGACAGCAGGCUGCUCAUUAGGUGAUCCUGUAAGAAUUUGAGACAAAGGACCCUUGAGAUGGACUGUGCUGUUACAGCACACAGGAUUUUCAGCCUGGUCUGAAUCUUGUCCUUGCUUCCUCCUAACUGACCCUUGAGCAAGGUUACUUGGCUUCUCUAAGCCUUGGUUUGCCCACUAGCACCUGCUUAAUGUGGAAAGUGCUUACACAGUGCCUGCUCUGGAGGAGUAUUCUGUGAAUAAGUGCCAUGUCUCAAAUGUCAACAUGCCAAAUUAAGAAUCAUUAAUGUAUCAAUGUAUCUUAAAAGUAACCAUCUUUCUUCCUUAAGAAUAUACAAAAUAGCAUCUUGUAACUGAUGUUAUCUUACAUUCACUAAAUACAGUACUGGGUAGGGCUGGUGUUUUGUAGUCUGUACCAAUGUAAACCUGAUCUGUAGCUACUCCAGCUCCUUAGAUGUGAUGAAUUAGCUCAGGAAAGAAAAAUCCUUUCUCUUUUUGAGUCAGUAAUAAAAUGGUUUUGGCCCUAA